AUGCCCGGUCCCCGUCGCAGGUCACCCACGAGCAGGUCGAACCACGCACCACCGGCCCGGUCGACGUUACCGAUUACCCACGAGGUUGUGCAGGAGGCGGACCCCGUCGGCACGGUUCCCGCCGGCACGGUUUCCGCCACCGCUCCCACCGCCGUGCUCUCGCCGCCGCUAGACCACAUACUCAUCUUCGGCCACGGCCGCUUCCAGAUGCACGUCCUACUCUGCACCACGCUGGCCUUCUUCACAGCCAUCAUCCAUGUCAGGGCGCCUGCCAUCCUGGCACGCCCCGUGGACCACUGGUGCAGGCCUCCGGCCGACUACACCUACAUGGCCACCGACGUGUGGAAGAACGUCAGCGUGCCUUUGGAGGCUGACGGCAAGACGCGAAGUCCGUGCCUUCGCUACGAGCCACCGUUCCCCCUCUCGGAGGACACCGGAAACCGGACCACGGUGCCGUGCGACGCCGGAUGGGACUAUGACAUAGAUGCCGACGCGGGAGUUGUCUCCAUCGUGGUCCAAUGGAACCUAGUGUGCGGCCGCCAUUGGAUCCUACGCGCGCUGUCCACAAUCUACUUGCUGGGAGGCGCCAUAGGAGCUCCUUUGGCCGGCGUUACCGCCGACACCAUCGGUCGCCGUCCCGUGCUCUGCAUAUGCCUCUUGCUGCUCGUGUUCGCCGGAGUCUCGCUGGCCUUCGCCAGAACCAUAAUGGUGUUCGCCGUCCUCCGCGCCGUCUUGUCCGCCGCAGUCACAGGCGUCCUCGUCACGUCGCUCGUGGUCCUCUUCGAGGUCACCGACACGCAGCACCGGGCUCUGUUCUGCAGCCUUGCCAUGGUCGUGGGCCAGUUCACGGCCAGGCUGUACGGCGAGAUCGUCUACAACCUCGAGCCCAGUUGGCACGUGUGCCAGAUGGUGUUCAUGGUACCCACGAGCACCCUGGUCCUGGCCGUGUACUUGAUGGACGAGUCCCCUUGCUGGCUUCUGGCCGUGUCGAACAUGAGGCGCGCCGCGGAGGUUCUGUCCUGGGCGGCACGCGUCAACAGGGCGGACCCAGACGUCUUCAAGCAGCGCCUGUCCGAACUGAAGUCCGACAUCAAGAAGCAGCAGGACCAGCAGACGCUUCAGGCAACUACCUCCACGAGUGAUUUGCCUCCAGACCAAGGUAUUCGUUGUUGA